GGUGUCGCCUGCCUGCUGCCCGACUGUAGUUGGAUGAAUCAGUCGACGUUCAACGGUCUAUGGGAAGUGACUGAGCGGAAUUAGUAGAGCGCUAACUUUAGCUAGGCUGCUAGCAGGCUUUAAUAUCGUUAAGGACUACGUUAGGAAAUCGAGUGCCAACGCGUUAUGCGGACGAUUUUGGGUUAUUGAUCCGCCUUAAGUUUUUUUAACGUCGAUUCUCGCUAACGUCCACAAUGGAGAGAAGCUAUUUAAACUUGGGAUGAUGAUGGCUACCGCGCGUAUCAACUUGUAAACCCCCGUCCAGUCACACGAGUGGGCUAACAAGCUAGCCUUUAUUUUAGUAUUUGUCAACAAGACGUGCCAUCCAUUUGUUAAAUUAGGUAAUAUGAAAGAGGCACAAUCGGACACAUUGGGAUUUGUUCCUCAGAAAGACAUCGUGUACAACAAACUUCUACCUUAUGCGGAUCAACUCGAUGAAGAAUCAAAUGACAUUUUGAGUAAAAUUAAGGGUAAUUUAGGCCGGGCUGUUCAGCUUAGAGAAAUAUGGCCCGGGGUGCUGUUUUGGACAAGGAAACUUUCCACGUACAUCCGCCUGUAUGGUCGGAAGUUCAGCAAGGAAGACCAUGUGUUGUUUAUCAAGUUGCUCUAUGAGCUAGUGACUAUCCCUGGACUUGAGAUCAGCAUGAUGCAGGGCCUGGCUCGCCUUCUCAUCAACCUGCUCAAGAAAAGGGAGCUUCUCUCAAGAGACGACCUGGAAUUGCCUUGGAGGCCUCUGUAUGAUCUGCAUGACAGGAUCCUUUUCUCCAAGACCGAGCAUCUGGGACUAAAUUGGUUUCCCAAUUCCGUGGAAGGUGUGUUGAAGACAUUAAUAAAGAGCUGCAGACCAUAUUUUCCAGAGUCUGCAACUCAGGAAAUGCUGGAUGAGUGGAGACCACUAUUUUGUCCAUUUGACGUCACCAUGCAGAGGGCAAUAAGCUACUUUGAACUCUUUUUACCGACAACCCUACCACCAGAGCUGCACCAUAAAGGCUUCAAAUUGUGGUUCGAAGAGUUGAUCAACUUGUGGGUGUCAGUGCAGAAUCUUCCAAGCUGGGAAUUGCACCUAGUCAAUCUCUUCGCUCGCUUGGCCAAUGACAACAUUGGCUACAUUGAUUGGGAUUCUUAUAUCCCCAAGAUUUUCACAAGAAUUUUGAGGAGUUUGAAUCUUCCUGUGGGAACCAGCCAGAUGAUGGUUCCGCGAUACGUGACCAAUGCCUACGAUAUUGGCCAUGUGGUGCUAUGGAUAUCAUCACUUCUGGGUGGACCAAGUAAACAAACUCAAGCACAACUCACUGGCCUUUUCAACAGCAUUACAUCUUUUUUCCACCCAUCAAACCAUGGUCGCUGGUUGAUGAAACUCAUGAAGUUGCUCCAACGUCUCCCGGCUAGUGUGGUUCGUCGGGUCCAUAGAGAGCGCUACAGAAAGCCGUCGUGGCUAACUCCAAUUCCAGACACUCACAAGCUCACAGAGGAGGAUAUUACCAACUUUGUGGAGAGUAUGAUGCAGCCUGUUCUGCUGGCCAUGUUCAGCAAAACAGGCAGUCUGGAUGCCGCCCAAGCUCUUCAGAACCUUGCACUAAUGAGGCCUGAGUUGGUCAUUCCUCCUGUACUAGAGAGAACAUACCCUGCACUGGAGACUCUAACAGAGCCCCACCAGCUGACAGCCACCCUAAGCUGCAUGAUCGGUGUAGCACGGAGCCUAGUCUCGGGUGGGAAGUACUUUCUUGAAGGCCCGACUCACAUGUUGCCCCUACUCAUGAGAGCACUGCCAGGAGUUGACCCGAAUGACUUUAGCAAGUGCAUGAUCACUUUCCAGUUUAUUGCUACAUUUGUGACUCUUGUGCCUUUGGUGGACUGUUCGUCCGUCCUACACGAAAGAACUGAUUUGACAGAGGUGGAAAGGGAGAUGUGCUCAGCUUCUGCAGAGUUUGAAGACUUUGUACUUCAAUUCAUGGAUAGGUGUUUUGCCCUGAUUGACAGUAGCACUCUGGAACAAACGCGCGAGGAAACUGAAACUGAGAAAAUGACCCAUUUGGAAAGUCUGGUAGAGCUUGGCUUGUCUUCCACCUUCAGCACAAUCCUCACUCAGUGCUCCUUGGACAUCUUCAAGGUGGCUCUGGAAAAGGUCUUUAACUUUGCAACCACCAACAUUUUUGAGACACGUGUUGCUGGAAGGAUGGUGGCAGACAUGUGUCGUGCUGCUGCUAAGUGUCACCCUGCAGAGUCUCUUAAAAUGUUUGUGCCUCAUUGCUGCAGUCAAAUACACCAAAUUGCUGCCAAUGAGGAAGUUUUGCUCGAAGAGGAGCUGGACAAGGAGUUUUUAUGGAAUCUUCAGUUACUAUCUGAGGUUACUCGAGUGGAUGGUGACAAGCUCCUGACCUAUUCUUCAGACUUGGUCCACAUUUUGCAGUUGACCCUCCACCUCAAGUGUAAGCAGGGCUACAUUCUUGCCUGCAACCUGCUGCAUCACAUCCUGCGCUCCACAGCCCUCAUCUACCCCACUGAGUACUGCAGUGUGCCAAGCGGUUUUCGCCAACCAAUCAGUGACUACCUACCCAUUAAGGAUUGGGGUCGUCCAGGUGACCUCUGGAACUUGGACAUCCGGUGGCAUGUGCCCAGCGCAGAUGAAACCAAGUUCACUUACUCUUUACUGGACCAGAUUCUGCAGCCGGAACUUGAGAGGCUUCAAAGUUAUGCAGAGGGAGACCAAGACAUGAGCAGAGAUGAUGUCCUACAGAGUCUGACAAUUAUUCAGCACUGCCUCCUAGGAGCCGGUGGCCUCAUGCCGCCCUUGAAAGGAGAACCGAUUCCUGAACUAGUGCAUAGUAUGGUGAACCUGGACGAGACUACCCUCUAUACCGGAGCAGAUUAUGAUCAGUCUAAAGAGAACUACAGAGAAUCCAUCUGCCGUGUGAUGAGACUGUUGCUUCAUUACAUACUUGAAAACUCUGAGGAUGACACAAAAUCUCUCUUUUCUAUCAUAAAGAUAAUCAGUGACCUGCUGCACUUUAAGGGUUCUCACAAACAUGAGUUUGAUUCUCGUUGGAAGAGCUUCAAUCUUGUGAAGAAAUCUAUGGAAAAUAGGCUCCAUGGCAGAAAGCGGCAUAUCAGAGCUCUCCUCAUAGACAGAGUCAUGCUCCAGCACGAAUUGCGCAAGCUGACGAUGGAAGGGUGUCAAUACAGAAGCAUUCACCAGGAGCUGAUGAGGGAUCUAUUGCGUCUCUCCACAAGCACCUACAGCCAAGUACGCAGCAAAGCUCAAAAUGUACUGUUCACUGCCCUUGGCACGUAUAACUUCUGCUGCAGAGACGUGAUACCACAUGUCCUUGAGUUUCUCAACCCAGACAACGGCAGCGUCACACAGCAACAGUUCAAAGGUGCCUUGUAUUGUCUACUGGGAAAUCACAGUGGCAUGUGCCUGGCCAAUUUGCAUGACUGGGACUGCAUUGCCCUGACGUGGCCUGCUAUUGUUCGAUCUGGCCUCAGUUCAGCUAUGUCCUUGGAGAAGCCCUCCAUUGUGCGGCUCUUUGACGACCUUGCUGACAAAAUCCACCGGCAGUAUGAGACCAUUGGCAUCGACUUCUCUAUCCCAGUAGAGAGCUGUGAUGUGGCCAAACAACUUAUGGUCACUGGAAAUCCCCUUCCUAAAGACCCUGUUCCUUCAGAGGAAGAAACAGCAGAGGGUGUAAAGAGACAGCAACUUAAAAAUUUGGAAUCUAUAGAGAAGUACCAGCAGCUGAUUGGUGAUCUGCUGGACUCUCUCGGCAACAGGAACUCGCCUUGGAAAUUUGAGCAUGUCGCUAUUGGCCUCUUGUCACUCCUCCUGAGAGAUGACCACCAACUCCCACCAGCCGCUGUUUUGUUCUUCAUCAAAACCCUCAACCAUGACUCGCUCUAUGUCCGUAAGGUGGCGAUAUCUGCUGUGGCAGGGAUCAUGAAACAGAUAAAGAGGCCUCAUAAAAAAGUUCCAAUUAGCCCAUCUGAGAUUUUUAAAAGGGACAAAGUUGCAGUUGAGGAGACAAGUGGUAUCGUGGCUGGUGAUCGACCAGAUAACAAGUGGUUGCAGUACAACAGUAGCAGCCUGCCACGGACACAGCAAGACUGGGAGUGCUGUGUUUUUGUGGAAAAGACUCACUGGGGUUACUACAGUUGGCCAAGGGAACUGAUGAUUUAUGCUCCUGAGGACAAACAGCCAAAAUUGAAUCUGGUCAGAGAUGAAAUGACAGAGCGCGAGCAGAUCAUCUAUGACCAUUUCUCAGACCCGGUAUUCGUCAAUCAGUUCAUCGAGUUUCUCUCUCUGGAGGAACGGAAGGGCAAAGACAAGUUUAGCACACGCAGAUUCUGUUUGUUCAAGGGUUUGUUCCGUAAUUUCAGCGACACCUUUCUGCCUUUGCUGCAACCACACAUGGAGCGCCUCGUAGCCGACACUCAUGAGAGCAAACAGCGUUGUGUUGCAGAGAUCAUAUCUGGCCUGAUCAGAGGCUGUAAGCACUGGAGCUACACUAAGGUUGAUAGCCUCUGGAAAAUUUUGUGUCCACUCCUUCGUACCGCCUUGUCCAACAUCACAGUGGAAACAUAUGCCGACUGGGGCACCUGCAUCGCCACAGCCUGUGAGAGUAGAGACCCUCGCAAGCUUCACUGGCUAUUUGAGUUGUUGAUGGAGUCCCCGGUCAAUGGAGAAGGGGGCUCGUUUGUCGAUGCGUGCCGCCUAUAUGUUCUGCAGGGAGGCCUCGCUCAGCAGGAGUGGCGUGUGCCAGAGCUUCUCCAUAGAUUGUUGCAGUACUUGGAGCCUAAAUUAACGCAGGUCUACAAGAAUGUGAGAGAGCGAAUUGGAAGCGUGCUGACCUACAUCUUCAUGAUAGACGUUAACCUGCCUUACACUCGGCCAACCACCUCGCCUCGCAUCUCAGACUUCACUGAGAGAAUUCUCUUACAACUGAAGCCCCUGACCGAGGGUGACGAGGAGAUCCAGAACCACGUGAUUGAGGAAAAUGAGGUGGGAGAGCAGGAUGAAAGGACUCAAGCCAUCAAACUGCUCAAAACAGUGUUAAAGUGGCUGAUUGCAAGUGCCGGGCGCUCCUUCUCCACGGCUGUACCCGAGCAGCUGCGCUUACUCCCCCUGCUCUUCAAGAUUGCUCCAGUUGAGAAUGAUGACAGUUAUGAUGAGCUUAAGCGGGAUGCAAAGAUCUGCCUGUCCCUCAUGUCUCAGGGACUCCUUUACACAGAGCAAAUCCCCAUGGUCCUUGAUGGCCUGCAGCAGAUUGCUGGCAGCAGCUCCUGGCACGCCCGCUACACAGUGCUGACCUACCUCCAGAUCAUGGUGUUUUACAACCUGUUCACCUUCAUGAGUGACCAGAAAGCUGUGGACGACGUGCGAGCACUGGUCAUAAGUUUGCUGGAAGACGAGCAGUUGGAGGUAAGAGAAAUGGCCGCCACCACACUCAGUGGCUUCCUCCAGUGCAAUUUCCUGCACAUGGAUGCCCCCAUGCAGACUCACUUUGAGGCUCUGUGCAAGACUUGCCUUCCUAAAAAGAGGAAGAGGGGCAUUGGCACAAUAGGGGACACUGUACCUUCUGCAGACCUGGUGCGGCGCCAUGCUGGUGUUCUUGGGCUAAGUGCUUGCAUCCUUUCCAGCCCAUACGACGUGCCCACCUGGAUGCCCCAGCUGCUAAUGGACCUGAGCGCCCACCUUAAUGACACUCAACCUAUUGAAAUGACUGUGAAGAAAACCCUGUCCAACUUCCGCAGGACGCACCAUGACAACUGGCAGCAGCAUAAGCAGCAGUUCACAGAUGACCAGCUGCUGGUGCUCACUGACCUGCUGGUGUCCCCCUGUUACUAUGCCUAAAACCUGACCACACCAGCGGUUGCCGGCCUGCAUGAAGGUGGGGGCUGCCUUUCCCAAACAUCAGCCUACCCUAGCCAGGAAGUGGCACACAUACAUUGAUUGAAAUGUUGUGUAUUGGAUGUAUAGUAUGUAGCCCUUUUACAUUUCCUCUAUACUUAAUAUUUAAGGAUCACUCAUGGCAGGGAUGGACGCCCUGCAGCGUGUAACAUUUCUGUACAGUUGUUUGCGUGCGCGUUGGGACGCUUGAUGACGCGUGCGGUGUCGGACACAUUUCUCAGGAUUGUAUCCCAAGAAUCAACUCUGAGCCAACACGAAGUUCCAAUGGAGGACAUGCCGGCUCCCCAAGGUUUAGACUGUAAUAAAAUGAUGUUUGUGUGGCUGUUUGAGCUAGACGUGAUUAUAUGCAUCGUUGGCGUGUGGAUAUAUCAUGCUAUAGCAAAUAUGCAUACACAUAUUUAUUUAUUUGUAAGUUCUUAAAAUGCUGAAUUUUAUUUUCCUAGAAAGUGUUUCUUCGGGUUCAGUUUUUUUUUUUUAAAAGCACUGGAGCCUAUUGGGAGAGGGUGCGCUCCCCCCGAUGCGGUGCUGUGAUGUUUUGUGAUGACCCGAGCACAUUUUUUUCUAAGGUUUCCCAGUGCAAAACUGUCCACUUCUUUUUACCAUCCAUAACAUUGACUCUCUUAGAACUUACUGUUUUUUCUCUCUUCCUGGAGGACUUGGAAAGAGUCCAAACAUUGAAGCAUUUAGUACCUCACGUUUGUAUAGUGUAGUGCCAAACUUGCAGUGUUUUUUUUUUUUGGUAGUUGUACUGUCUACCUGUUGUAUAUUAUGUAUCAAUAAAUUGUUUAUUACAAACAAA